CAACACCUCUCACUGCGCUUCACAGAUCAAAUGCUGAUCCGACGCUCACUUUUGAAUCAAACCCUUCUCCAUAAUCACCUCCGCCGCUUCGCCACCGCCGCUCUACUAGAAGAAACCCAGCAACUCACCUACCUCGACAACCUCCCAAGACCUGACCCAAAGUACGAUGAAAUCAUUCACGCUAUCCCACGCGCUAUCUCCGGUAAGAAUAUAUCGGCCAAAGAGCGUAAAGCCGGUCGUGUGCCCAGUAUUGUUUUCGAGCAAGAGGAUGGCCAGCACGGUGGCAAUAAACGACUUAUUUCGGUGCAAACUAAUCAGAUAAAGAAGCUAGUGAAUCAUAUGGGCCAGUCUUUCUUUCUUUCCAGGGUUUUUGAUCUGGAGGUCCGUCCCGAGUUCAAGUCCGAUGAGCUUAUCGAGAAAGUCCGGGUCUUGCCCAGAAAGCUUCAUCUUCAUGCAGGUACGGAUGCAGUCCUUAAUAUUACCUUCAUAAGAGCUCCAUCUAGUGCUUUACUAAAGGUUGAUGUUCCUCUUGUGUUCCGGGGAGAUGACAUAUCUCCUGGGUUGAAAAAAGGGUCAUAUUUGAACAUCAUCAAGAGGACUGUCAAGUUCCUUUGCCCUGCCGAUAUUAUUCCUCCAUACAUUGAUGUGGAUUUGAGUGAAUUGGAUGUCGGCCAGAAGAUAGUGAUGGGGGACCUUAACGUUCAUCCAGCUCUGAAGCUGCUAAAACCAGAGGAUGAACCAGUUUGCAAGAUUGCAGGUGCAAGGGUUUCUGAUCAAAGGAAAACCAAAUAAAUGUACCGGAUUCGACCAAAGUUUUAUUCGGGUAGAUUUUUUCUUCUCAUAUGUUACCAAAAUCGCCGAUAAUGGUAUAAGGCCAUGUUAAGUUGCCAUAAUUCAUCCAAUUUAUGAUUUACUAAAGUCGUUUAGCUUACUAGGUUCAUGGAACAAAUGUAAGUGAAAUCGAUAUUCAGAAGAACUCGUAUCUCGUUGCUGGAGAUGGGAAAGAGAUUCAUUUGGGUUCCUCUAUCAAAGAUUUUCUCGUGUUCUGAUGUGCUCA